AUGCAGCUCACCUCCACUUUUGUUUUCCUUGCCGUCCUCGCUUCCGGUGGUAGCCGUGUCUUCUCGCUCCCCAUGGGUGCCGAUGUUACCGAUCUCGAUGCUCGUGAUGUCGAGUUUGAUCUUGAAGCUCGGGAUUAUGAUGCUGACUUCGAAGUUCGCGAUUUCAAUGAUGACUUUGAGGCCCGUGAUUAUGCGGACUUUGAGGUCGAGGCUCGUGACUUUGAGGAGGACAUUGAGGCCCGUGCCGUUGACUCUACUGUCAAGGCACCUUCGAACUCCACCACUGUUGCCUCUCCCGCCCAGAAGCCAUUGUCAGGGUCUUUGACCACCGGCUCUAAAGUCGAUUUGGCCGCUACGAAGUCCACCACUGCCAACAGCACCUCCACUUCCGUCACCCCCUCGCAGUCAUCGAAACCCUUGACCAAGAAGGAGAAGAAAGCCCGCGCUAAGGCUCUUCGCAAGAAGAAGAAGGCUGCCAAGAAAGCCGCUCUUGCCAAGAAGAAAGCUGCCCGCCGAAAGGCGAAGGCCCUCCGCAAGGCCAAGCUCGCCGCUCUGCGCAAGAAGAAGCAUUCCAAGAAGCUCUCGCCCCUAGCGAAACUCAAGAAGUCCAUCGCAGCCAAGAAGGCGGCGGCGAAGGCUAAGAAGUCAUCGGAGAAGAGCUUGAAGGCCGCGACCAACUCAACGUCGACGGCAAAGCCCAAGAAGCUCUCUCCUCUGGCUAAACUCAAGAAGUCCAUCACCGACAAGAAGGCCAAGAAGGCAGCGGAGAAGAAGGCGAAGACUGACAAGGUCACGGAUGCGAAGAGCCUGAAGGUGUCCAAGACCGAGGCAUCCAAGACUUCUGCUGACAAGACCGUGGAGUCGUCGCUUCCCUCGACCAGCGAGAAGCCCCUCCACAAGCACCAUCACUACAGGACCAAGGCUGAGCGCAAUGCUGCCCGUAAAGCCGCCAGGAAAGCGCGCAAGGCCAAGUUGGCUAAGUUGGCGGAGGAGGAUGACUACCCUUCGUACUCUCACAAGUCCUUGAGGAAGUCUCACUACGUUGACGCCCCCGCUUCCUCUCCCUCGACUACUGCCGUCUCUCGUCUUUAAGUGAGCAAGUAGACAAAAGUAGACAUGAUUUUUUAUAUUAGGGUUUAGAAUCGUAUCAUGGUUUGGAAGU